AUGGCAUCCAUGUAUUUUCUGUGCCUGAUGCUGGUCUUUGCUGGGACCUGCUUGAAAGCAAAAGUGUUUAGAUCUGUUCAUGUUAGUACACCACUGGGUUCAGAGAUCCUGUUCAUCCGGACAAAUUUGAAGGAGACUACGUUAAUUGCAGACUCUUUGAAGCCGAUGUGUAAACAGAACCCCUGUAAUGAUAGGCUGUUCUGCAUCAAUUCGACUUCUGAAGACUGUCUUUACCUAAACAUCUUCACGCCAAUCAACGCCUGCUCGACUAACCACCCGAAAGCUGUCAUGGUUUACAUCCACGGUGGAUCGUUUGUCCGCGGCACUGGUCUGGCGCCGGUCAAUUUCGGAAAUACUCUGGCUGAGAAGGGCGACGUUAUCGUAGUGACAAUCAACUACCGUUUAGGCAUAUUUGGAUGGUUGGCUACCGGAAAAUAUUCCGUUUCGGACCUUCAUGGAAACUAUGGUUUAAAAGACCAACAAAUGGCCUUAAAAUGGGUGAACGAGAACAUCAAGGCGUUCGGAGGGAAUCCUGACAAGGUGACGAUUUUUGGUGACGGCGACGGUGCUGAGUCCGUUGGUAUCCACAUGACUAAUAAUAGGUCGGAGGAUUUCUUUUCCUCGAGUAUCAUGAUGAGCGCGCCAUUCACGAUUCCUUUCAAGACCUACUACAGCGCCCUCUUCCAGACCCAGGUCAUCGCCCAAAUUCUGGGGUGUUCUAUCCAUAGUUUGGACGUUAUGAUUACCUGUCUGCGAGCCAAUGCUGAUAGUGACGACCUACUGAGAGCUCAGAACUUCUUUCUCUCUGAAAGAAUCAAAAUUGGACCAAGCGAGUUCGUAAACGCUAUCGAACCUAUUGGGCCUGUGAUUGAUUAUGACUGGGUUCCCGCUACUUUGGUUGAUGCCUUCAAGGAAGCAAGGCAAAAAAUAUCAAAACCUGUGAUGCUGGGAUCGGUAAGAGAAGAAGGAGUCCGCUUCCUUCUCGGACAAAACAAAGAUGCUGUGUCUUACGUUAAAGUCCAAGGGAAAGUCCGAGGAGCCUUGGUGAACAGAGUUGAUCCUGCUCCUACAGCUCAAGAACUGGUGACAAACUAUCCUCUUUCUUGUGUCAACAGCACGUUUUUGACGCUCGAGAAGUAUUUGCACAAAUCACAACUGAUUUUCUCUUUACUUGCCCCGCAAGGAAAGUAG